AUGCAGCAACAGGAAACGUCGGAGCCGUACGAUUCGACGCGCAAACGUUCUCCGAAUUUUACGGGGGAAGAGAAUAAAGUGCUGAACGAACUGGUACAAGUUUACGAGGAGCAAAUUGAACGUAAAAAGACCGACCAUGCUUCUAAUGUUAUUAAGAACAGAGCCUGGCACGAAUUGGCCAAAGAUUUUAAUGGCAGACUUGGACAUCCUUAUAGGAGUCCCACAGUCCUAAAACACCGAUAUGAAAAUAUGAAAAAAGAAUUCCGAAGGACCAUGCGUUAUAGGAGACAAACCAAUGAGAUGCCGGCCGGUGCUGAUCAAGUACAAAAUUAUUUGGAAAACAGUUACACUAACGAUACUGAAGCGGACUAUAGCAACACUAACGAGUUCAGUAGGAUCAUUGUGUCCGAUGAUAAUGAGGAAAUGAAUGGGUUUACGGAAACAGUUAUCGACGAUUGUGAUCUCAUCGGGCCGCCUGAUCCAAAAAUCGAAAAAACUUGGCACCAAAAAUCCGAUGACGAAGACGAUGACGAUGAUGACGGGUUAAAAUCCGUGAAGAAAAGAUGUUUUUUGGAAGAGCACAAACUCAAACUAUCCCUAAUGGAGAAAAAACAUAUUCUCGAACUCGAUCUGAUAAAGCAAGAGCACAAAGCAAGGAUGAAUAUGAUGCGGCAAGAGCACGAUAUGAAAAUGAAACUGUUGGACUUGGAAAGGACUCUUGGAAUAAUUAAUAAGAUUUAG